AUGGUUGACUCAUCUGACCCAGCAUGGAAGCAUUGUACUUGUCCGAAUCCAGCCAAGAAGAAUUCUCUGAAGUGCAACUAUUAUGAGAAUACUUACACCGGUGGUAUUACUCGAAUCAAGUACCACCUUGCCAAGAUUCCAAAGUCUAAUGUUGCUAAGUGUGACCGUGUCCCGUCUGAUGUAAAGGAUGAAAUGUAUAAAUUAUUGACUAAGAAGAAGAAUGCAAAGGAAAAUAAGGCCAAGCAUAAGGAGGUUGCUAGAGCUAUGGUAGACUUGAGUCACUCGGAAGGAGAAGGAGGGUUUAGUGAUGAUGACACUGAAACAACUUCUGUUGUUGUGCUAAUGAAAGAGAGAAGCUCAAGUGGACCUAUUGAGAAGUACUACAAGCUAACACCAAAAGAGGUUAUAAAUGCAAGGAAAGGCAAAGGGCUCGCCGAGAAGGUCCAGUCAAAGAUUUCAACUCAGAAAAGAGAAGAGAAGAGGGAUCGUGCAUGUGAGUACACCUGUCAGUUUUUCUAUGAAGCAAGCAUUCCACACAAUGCAGUGACCCUUCCAAGCUUUGACCUUAUGCUUGAAGCAAUUGGAGACUACGACAGAAACUUGCAAGGUCCUAGUCCAUAUGAGAUGGGUGGCCCAUUCGUGCAGAAAAGGAAAAGAAGGGUGCUGGAUUCACUCAAGGCACAUAAGGAAUCUUGGGAGCUCACUGGUUGUAGCGUGAUGACAGAUGCUUGGACAAAUAAAAGAUGCCGAGGGGUGAUGAAUUUGGUUGUUCAUAGUGCAUAUGGUGUUUGUUUCCUUGAAUCUAUGGACUGUUCAGCUGUGAAGAAGGAUGGAAAAUAUAUCUUUGAACUAAUUGAUAGGUGUAUAGAUGACAUAGGGGAGAAAAAUGUAGUUCAAGUGAUGACUGACAAUGCUAGAGUUAAUGAUACAGCUGCUAGUUUAUUGAGAGCAAAGUGCCCCACCAUAUAUUGGAAUGGUUGUGCUACCCAUUGUAUUGAUCUCAUACUGGAAGACAUAGGGAAGCUGCCAUCAGUGGAUGAAACAAUUGCUAAGGCAAGGUCUUUGACUGUGUUCCUUUAUGCUCACACAAGGGUCUCGGAACUCAUGAGGAAAUUCCUUAGCAAAGAUUUGGUCAGGUCUGAUGAACUCAAUGAAAUGGGGUACUUGAACAAGGUGAAAGGGAAGAAUGCCAGUAGAGUUGUCCGCUCUGAUAAAUUUUGGAAAGGAGUUGAUAAUGCUGUUAAUUUCUUUGAGCCAUUGGUUAAUGUCCUCAGGAGAAUGGACAGUGAUGUACCAUCUAUGGGCUUCUUGUAUAGCUGCUUGUUGGAUGCAAAGGAAGAAAUCUCUCAAAGAUUUGACGAUGACCGUGGUCGAUUUCAGGAAGUAUGUGAUAUCAUUGACAAGAGGUGGGACAACAAGUUGAAGACACCACUACAUAGGGCCGGUUACUACCUGAACCCAUAUUAUUAUUAUCUAAAGAAGCUAGAUAUUGAGUUAGAUGGAUCAUUCAGAGAAGGACUAGUAAGCUGUGUCACAAAGAUGGUUGAAGAUAUUGAAGUUCAAGACCAAAUCAUUGCUGAGUUGGAGCACUAUCAGGAUGCAAAUGGUACAUUUGGAAAGGAAAUGCCUAUAAGACAAAGGAGAAACAAAAAAUUUGAUCCAGUUCACCACGUCACAAUUUAUAUGCAGGAUGACAAAGUUAGGGACCCAAUUGAGAAGGCAAUUGCUAAUGUUCUUCUCGAGGAUGAUGAAAAUGAGUGGAUCACUGGAAUUGUGCCAAAUGUUGAACAAGGACAUGAAGCCGAGCAAGCUGAAGCAUCAUCAAAGGGAGAAUCUUCACAGGGAGCAGCAACAACACAGUCCAAAAGAAAGAGAGGUAUCCAGCAUCGGUGCCUUAGGAAGAGGAGGAAGAUUGUUCCUGUCAUGGAUGAUGAAGUGCAAUCUGCUUCCUCUUCAGAAUCAGAAGAUAAUUUGGACAUCGACAUGCAAUCUCUAUCAACUUCUGACGAGGAUGAUGACAAAUCCAUCUCUCGCUCUAGUGAUGAUGAAGAUAUUUAG